AUGGAAAUCUUUCUGGCAUUAGGCAUCGCCUUCCGAGCUUUGAUCAUGACAGUUGGCAUCCCAGGCAACAUCCUCAUCGUCCUCGUGUACGCUCGUAAACGACCCAAAUCCAGUACAGACGUGUACAUCCUGGCGCUAGGUGUGGCAGACCUUUAUGUGUGUCUUCUGAUGCCUCUGAAGAUAUAUUCGUCUUAUAACCAGGAGAAUUAUACCAAUGCAGACCUCUGCAAGCUUACCCAUUAUUGUUCCCUCAUCGGGACAUUUCUGUCUAUGUUCCUAACUAUAUGUAUCACCGUUGACCGUUACUUCGCUGUUUGUAGACCACUGAAGAGGUUUGUGACGCCCAGCCGUGCCCGUAUCACGAUCACAGGAUCAAACCUCAAGUCACUCGCGUGGCUUGGAAAUCAGAGGAAAUCAUCAGUGAUCCUCAUGCAUCUGGACAACCAGGUGGGAUGA